AGACAAAUGAAUUAGUUGCUACGAGGUAGACGAAUCAGAUAGACAAUAAAUAAUCUUAAUCUUCUCUUGUGCGAAUGUCUCGAAAAUUGUGUUAUUUUUCUGUGAACAAAUUCGAGAAUUAGUACUUGUUGUAUUUUACGUUUGAUAAGUUUUCACAUGGAAGAAAUAACGUAUUAUAAAUUAGACGAUAUAGUAAGGAACAAUGGAAAAACAACUGAUAGGACGUGGAUUCUUGUCAAGACUGAUGUAUACGAUGUGACCCAUUACAUGAAAGAUCAUCCUGGUGGAUCUGAACUUGUAGAGGAAUAUGCAGGAAAGGAUGCAACCUCAGCAUUCCACGAAGCAGGACAUUCCAGUGACGCACGUAAGCAGUUGAAGGCAUUGAAAAUAGGCGAGCUACAUCCUGAUGAGCGAGGAAAUAACGUCAAAAAACCUACUUCAAAAGUUAAAAGUGAAAAUGAGCCACCAUCAGAAAAAAACAGAAAUUUUCUGGAUAUUAUAUCAUGUGGUUUGUGUGGAAGAAACUGAUAUCCUACGAUAUAGAUAGUUUUUUUUUAUGUCUCCACUAUUUCUUGGGAUUACAUAACUCCAGGAAUUAAAAGGAACUAAAUUGAGUUCCUAGGAUUGAGAAUGAUUGAUUGAGAAUGAGAAGAUGAUGGAAAAUAGAACAUACUAAUCGAUUAAUUUCUAAAAAUGAUAACUUUUUAUACACCUACAUAAUAAAGGACAGUUUUAUAUUAAAU